CUGUGUUAUGUAAGGGAGAUACCCAGUACCUGAAACAGGAAAUACGCCGACUUCGCUUUUAUCUGGGAAAGGAAAGACUGAAGGAACAAGAAAGUCCUGCCGUGGCGUUGCGACUUAACACAUUCUUACAUUUUUUUGGUUAAUGCAUAGUAAGGUUGUCUUACCAAUGACUCUGCUGGAAUGAAAGCGAUUUCUUCUUUGAUUUCUCUUCGUUAAACAAGAUACAGUUACAGUAAUGCUCGCAAAGGAGCUGUUUCUGUGUAUUCCGACUGUCUGCAUUCACAUGAUCUGAACUUGAAACUGGACCUGAAAGAUAGCGAAGACUCAAUUGUGUUUUGAUGCAUGAACCUUCAGAAGCUAAGAAAGGGUUGAUUCGUUUCACCCCAUAAACUGUGCAGUGACUACGUUCGAAAUACAGUAAAUCGAGUUAUAUUGCGAGUUUCUGGGAAGGAAAGAGUCUUACGAGGAAGGACUAUGUUGGUGAAGGAGUUCAGGAUUUGCAUGCCCCUGACAGUAGAGGAGUACAGAAUUGGACAGCUGUACAUGAUCAGCAAGCACAGCCAUGAGCAGAGUGACAGAGGAGAGGGUGUGGAGGUCGUGCAGAAUGAGCCUUACGAGGAUCCUACACAUGGCAGUGGCCAGUUUACAGAGAAGAGAGUUUACCUCAACAGCAAACUCCCUAGCUGGGCUAGGGCGGUGGUUCCGAGGAUCUUUUACGUCACUGAAAAGGCCUGGAAUUAUUAUCCAUAUACCAUCACUGAAUACACAUGCUCAUUUUUACCAAAGUUCUUCAUUCAUAUAGAAACAAAAUAUGAAGAUAACAAUGGUUCAAAUGACAAUAUCUUUGAUUCUGAGGCAAAAGACAUCGAAAGGGAUGUGUGUUUCAUUGAUAUUGCUUAUGAUGAAAUUCCUGAUCGUUAUUACAAAGUCUCUGAGGACCUCAGGUAUUUUAAAUCAGAGAAGACACAGCGAGGCAUGCUGAAAGAAGGCUGGAGGGAAAGUCAGAAGCCAAUAAUGUGUUCUUAUAAACUGGUGACUGUUAAAUUUGAAGUCUGGGGACUUCAGACAAGAGUCGAGCAAUUUGUACACAAGGUUAUCCGGGAUAUACUGAUGAUUGGCCACCGACAGGCUUUUGCCUGGGUAGAUGAAUGGUAUGAUAUGACUAUGGAUGACGUACGGAAUUAUGAGAAAAAUAUGCAUGAACAAACGAACAUAAAAGUUUGGUUUGAUCAGCCUUCCACAAAUUCUCCUUCCGCGGAUGAAAUACAGAGUGAUGGCAACGCAAGCACAUGACAAUGAACGAAGUUCGAGAAUUUGAACGAGCAACUCAGGAAGCAACCAACAAGAAAAUUGGAAUUAUUCCUCCUGCAAUUACU